AUGACCAGGAGGAAGCCCAAGGCUUCCACUUCGACGCAGCCGACAAGUCAACCUCCCGACGUUGCGGGUGACACCAACACCGGUGAACAGUAUCCUUCAGAUCCAGCACCAUCGCCUCUACCCGCGCCGCAAAAGGCAUUGAAUGGCAAAGCGCGGCCUGCGCCUGAGCUGUCAGUGUCUCCCACCCUGAUCAUAUGUCGCAACAAGCAUACCAGACACAUCUCGUCCUACUCCGGGCCAUGGCUCAAUCUUCCCCCCGAAGUGCUCGACAGCCUGGCUCAUAGCAACUACUAUUCUCCUCGUCCCCGGCCGAUCGAUCCUGCUGUCUUCUUCGACCUGGUCAAGAUCAGGCGGUUGAUCGAUGACGCUACGAGUCUGGCUGUGCGCGCCGCCAACGGCACCACGUCUGCGUCCUUGUACACAUCGCAGAAUGCGACCAAUGGAAUCUUUAAUGGCGCAGAUGCAGAGAUUCUCGGGAUCGGAUCUGCAAGAGGCGGUGGCGGGCAUGCGAAACUGAGCCGCGAGAGGAAGCACCGAAUGCGCGAACAUGCAACGCAGAAACUAGCCCACGCAUAUCGCCUCGACGAGAUCGCCUCCAGUGUCGCCAUGAUGCAGUCGGCCUCGGCGUUGGAGGAUGUUGCCAAACACGUCCUACAGCGCGACGAGCGGAACGCCGACGCACAAUUCGUUCAUUUCUUCCACGAGAAGAUCCCCUCCAUGGCUGUGGCCGAGUACACCAGCCUGGAGCCUCUGACCGACGUGAUCCGUCAGAAUCCCACCGACCCUUCACCCUACAGAACAAGGUCCGUCGCUCGCAUGUUCAAGGACGACUUCGAGGGCGUGGUGCGAGACUGUACCGAUGGGCUCGCCGUGCACAGGCUCUACCAUUCACAACAUCAAAACGAGCAGCAGGACUUGGUCCUGGCCAAAGAUUCCGCCGGAUUGGGUCGGGACCAGCGCACAGAGGGUCGACUGGAGGAGAAGGACCACCCGAACAGCCUGGAGCCCCAACUGCUCUUCCACCGAGCUGGAGCGUACCUGACGCUUGCAUGCGACAACAUUCGACGGGCUCUGUACGGGUUACGGAGUGGUGGGGCGCAGCAUAAUGGCAAUGGCAGCGGUGUUUCCGCCUCAGCGCUUGCAGAAGAGGAACUGGCGAGUUUUCGCGCCGAUGCACGAAGGCUGGUUCGCACAUACGCCAAAAGAGCUCUGCGUGACUAUCUCGCUUUUCUGUCACACUUCGACUACACGCCUGGCCUGUCGGCGGAGUACACAGAUGCAUUCCUGGAGAGAGUGAGCUCACGCCGCCCGCAAGGACGCGGGUCGCGGAGCGAGAAGCUGCUGGACGUGGAUGCUGCCCAUGCUCACGCCCACGCUGGGUUAUCAGAGGCGCUCGUGAAAUAUGAGAGUCAGAGAGACCCCCAGACAAAGCACCACCCGUUGCCUCAGAUACCCAAACCGAUAAUUUACAGGUUGAACGAGCUGUUUGCAGCGGUGCCUGUAGCCAACUUGCCUCCUUACCCCUCGGACCGGGAUACGCAGGUCGAUCAGGAUCAUCCGAUCUUCUCCUUACCUGACUUCUCCGAAGCAGUCACAUAUCAUCCCCUUCUCACAGACGUACUCCACUCGGUGCUUCUAUGCCACUGUCUUAUCCAGACAUCGAGCAAAGAGCUCCAGCGACAUGCCCAUAUGGUUGCACGUCUCGUGCGAGUUUGCGACGGAUAUCCGAUCUUCCUAGCUGCACGUUCGCCUGCCCGCGCAGACUGGGUCGAGAUCCUGCGGCGAACAAAGAAUUGGCUGGGCCUGUCAUCUACCUGGGACAAGCUGUGUACUCCCACACCUUUUCCGGGCCGCAAGACGGCUCCUAAAGAGACGCCGGAGGACAAGAAGGCCAGAAUCAAACAAGAAGCCCUGCUCGAAGCGCUGGCGGAUGAAAGAGUGGUGGAUGAAGAGUCCUUCAGGGCCAGCUUCAAGGCCAGGGAACUGAGAGCUGCGCGAGACGAAGAGGAGCAGGCGAGAAAAGAUGCCAGCGGCACCAAGUUAAUUGAAGGUGGGCCGACAGAUCAGAAAGGUGUCCAGGGAGAGGCUCUCCCCGCCGAUCCGAAGCGAUGGGCGCAAGAAGACGGGAGCGAGUAUCCCAUCACGACGGAGCGAGCGGAAGCGCUUGUCGAAUGGAUUCUCGAGGCGCCCCCGCCCAGCGCUGUCGAUAGUGCUGGUCGUGCGAAGAAGAAAACGGGCGCGAAAGGAAGACCGAGGAAGAAGGCCAGCACGGCAUCGAGUCUAAGAGAGGUCACAGAGAGUGGGCUUGAACAGGGUGUGGACAGUCUUGACCUUCUUGACUGA